ACCAGCCAAAAAAAGCGGUUUCAUCACUUUCCUUAUAUAGCAGCUAGCUCGUGCUGCUGAUGCGCAUUCAGCCAGCGCUUUGUCUGUUAUAAUCAACGCGCUCCUCACGAGUGAAUUUCUGGUUCGGAAGGAUCUGAUUGUUAGGGUUUGGUAUGGGGAGAGGUAAGAUCGUGAUAAGGAGGAUCGACAAUUCCACGAGCAGGCAAGUGACGUUCUCGAAGCGAAGGAACGGUUUGCUGAAGAAGGCGAAGGAGCUUGCGAUCUUGUGCGAUGCUGAAGUCGGAGUUAUGAUCUUCUCCAGCACCGGAAAACUCUACGAUUUCGCCAGCUCCAGCAUGAAAUCAGUAAUGGACCGAUACAGCAAAUCAAAAGAAGAACCUUGUCAACUUGGGAGUUCAGCCUCUGAAAUUAAGGUAGUUUGGCUCUACUCGAAGGUGGAAGUUCAACCAACAACUAAGGAGGGGUUUGUUUCAAGUCGUGUUUCUUUCAUUCCCAAGAAUAUGAGGUUUUGGCAAAGGGAGGCAGCAAUGUUAAGGCAACAAUUACACAAUUUGCAAGAAAGUCACCGCAGGAAAAUGAUGGGGGAAGAACUGUCAGGCUUGACAGUCAAAGAAUUACAAAAUUUGGAGAACCAAUUAGAAAUUAGCCUUCAUGGUGUCCGAAUGAAAAAGGAUCAACUUUUAAUGGGUGAAAUACAAGAGCUAAAUCGAAAGGGAAACCUCAUACACCAAGAAAAUGUGGAACUGUAUAAGAAGGUAAACCUAAUUUGUCAAGAAAACAUGGAAUUGAAAAAGAAGGUCUAUGGAACACAAGAUGAUAACGAAACAAACAGAGAUUCUGUUCUGACAAAUGGUCUAGGCAUAGGAGAGGAUUUGCAAGUGCCUGUGAAUCUCCAGCUAAGCCAGCCACAGCAACAGCAACAACACUACAAGGCAUCUUCAGGAACUACAAAAUUGGGGUUGCCAAGAAGAUUUUUACUGGGAUUUGUAGGUUUGCCAAGGAGUUCUCUCAUAUUUUGGUAGGAUUCUAUUUUUAGAGGCAACUACUAAUUGUUGACUUCAACAUGAUGGAGCUAUAGGUAUAGGAUUUCUCCUUUUCUUUUUGGAUUGUAGUUGGUCAGUCAGAGUUAGUACAUUAUAGCUGCUAUCUUUUGAGAACUCAUGAUAAUCAUUGUAUGAGAAUGAUGCAAGACUUGGGUGAUAGAAUCUAGUACAUUUAGUUGUGUGAUUGGCAAGAAUUUGUUAUUUGAGACAUUGAAAAUAAAGGGGAAACUUUGUCAAA